AUGGCCGACACUGGCGAUGACGCCGGUCACGUCUCUGAACCCCUCGACCUCGUCCGGCUGCUGCUGAACGAGGUGGUCUUCGUGAAGCUCAGGGGUGACCGCGAGCUCAAGGGCAAGCUUCAUGCCUAUGACAGCCAUUGCAACCUGGUUCUCGGUGAGGUCGAGGAAACUAUUUACGCAGUCGACGAGGACGAGGAGACGAUCAACCGCAAGUCAGAAAUGCUCUUUGUCAGGGGAGACAGCGUUGUUUUAAUAUCACCCCAGGUUGCUUUCUGA